CCUCAUCCACGUCCAGACCCAAUACCUCCUGUGGGGCUUACAGUCUACUGGAAGGAGAGUUAUCUCCACUAGUUCCCAAUGCGCAGCAGUCAAGCAGCACAGAACGCCCAGCAGAUGCAGACACUGCGGGAGCUGCGGUGAAGCCCGUCCCGCGCCGCCCCAGCGGCUUGCCUGCGGACACUCGGCAUGGCAAAUGCCGUUGGUGGCGCGUUUGCUGGGGCUUUUGGAUCUGUAGCCAUACCCCUGCAAGCCUUACAAAGUUUUGUCCAAGUGUACAACGACAUAUGCGUUGCGCGAAAAGCAAUGACCUUCAAUGAGGAGCGCGGGGAACAACUGAAGAACCGGGUCCGGUUCGUGUCGCACCAGCUGCAGAGGAAGUAUCAGAUUCUGGAAGCAGACAUACAGGCGGGGAGGUUGAGGGGGCAAGAUGCCGAACUAUUCGCUGAGCGCGUGAUGGCCUUCCGCGCGGUGCUUGUGCAGGCGCUGACAAUCAUCACCCGCUGCAAGGGCAACAAGCUUUACCGCUCUGCCAAUGCCAAGUCGAUCAAGGAGGACAUUGUCAGCAUCAACGUGCAAAUCACCGAUUGCAUCAACGACAUGCACCUCCCCUCCAUCUCAUUCAGCUCAUCUUCCACCAGCUCCAACGAAAGCGAAAUCCUGGAACGAACUCUGAGCAAUGCACUUGAGGAUUCCCCAAGUUCGAGCGGCAUUUCCGACGAAGGCAGCUCCAGCGCACCCGGACCGUCCGCGAAAGAGAUCGAGAAUCUCAAGGGCUACGCCACAAGACAACUCCAACUGCUGGGGCUGUUCACGAAUCAGGAGAUCAUGGCGUUCACUGAGUACGUGCAGGCCGUGGUUCGCGGAUACGGCAUGACCUGCCUCCACAACAAAAUGGCAACCGACCUGCCGUUCGCAACCCUUCGCAGCCCGGGGCCCGUCUUUUGCCCCGCGACUCUCCCGCCCCGUCUCAACCCCGCGCACCGCUCCCCGGUGUCCGCCCUCGCCGUCCGGAUCGACACCGGAGACGUCUUUAGCGGACACCGGAACGGCGUCGUCUGCAUGUGGAUGAACGGCGUCUGCGCGGCCGUCUUCGGGGCGCAGUCCGCCGUUCCGGUCACCGCGCUCCUGGUCAUGCCGGACGGAACGCUGGUCGUGGGCAACGGGCGGGGGGGCCUGCGGGCCCGCUCAACGGACCCCCCUUAUGCUGACAUGCCGAGCACGGACUACGAGCAACCGGGGGCGAUUACCGCCUUGGCCGCCAGCGACGGGGGGGUGCUUUUCAGCGGGGACUUGACGGGGGGGAUCGUGGUGUGGGCCCCCGGCUUCAGCGCUCCACGGCCGUACUUGAAAGCGCACGUCAAAGCCGUGACCGCGCUUUGCGUCACGCCGCGCAACGACUCGGACCAGGUUUUCGCCUUCAGCGGGGGUGCCGACGGGAAGAUACGGGCGUGGGCUUUCCCCGAGCUCGUCUCCCCGCCUUGGGACGCGCACUUUGAAGUCCGAUCUUGCGGAGGCCCGGUGCGCGCGCUCGCGCUCUCUGCGGACGCGAGCGCACUGUACAGCGUCCGCGGCAAGGGGCACGUGGCCCGGUGGGCCGUUCCGGGCGCGGACAAAAAGUGCGCGCUUGAGAUUUCCCAGCUGGGAGGGGGGCCGCUGGCAGUCACCGAGCGGGGGCUGCUCCUCGGCGCGGCCAACCACCGGUGCCAUGUGGCGGCCUGGCACGUGGGGGAGCUGACACCGGAGAACGUGCAAUUUUUGAAGCAGUCAUCGGACCCGAAGCGACCGAUCCCCUGCGGAGGCGCGGGGUUGCUGCUGGGUGACAGUAUUUAUGGGCGGGGGAAGGGCACUCUCGGGCCGUUGGAUGAGAUCACGGUUAUAAAAGUGGUGGAGAUUGGGGCCCCGGGGGCUCAGGCACUGCUUGUGACCGGGCACAAGGACGGGGGGGUCCGCAUCUCGAAGGUGGCUUCGUGGUAGCGACCGUGGCAAGCGUGUUGUGUUGUGUUGGUCGCCCUUGGCUGUGUUUUGCUGGGGAGUCGACAAGUGAAACCUGAGCAUGAACUAGUCGCGCCGGGGAUUGUAACAACUGUAAAUACGGCUCCCGAAUGUGCCUCCUCUAGUCGGAUGAAAAACGUGUGGGUGGCAAUAGAUGGUUCUAUUGGGUAAAGCAUAGCUGCGACGCGAUUGGUGUUGAGGUUGCUAAGAGCCGCAGCGGGGUACUGCAUUUCUUCGCGGGCCACGUGGUCAACGUACUACUCAUUCUCAGGUUUAGCGAAACCACGCCAGGGAUCUGAUGCCCGAUUUCAUGGAUCACCAGUUUAGAACCUGACGUUAUGUCAACUUAACGGGACCCACCAACAGUGCAUAAGCGACUAGGGCCCGCAGUUUCUAAAGCAGCUCCGGCGCCACACCGACCGGUCCUCGGCGCGCCGCCCACCAGGGACAAUUGUGGCUAUUAAAGCCCGCACGAUUUUGCAUAAGUGAGUCAGUGACACUUAUGGAGUCUUGAACAUCUGGUGUCACGCUGUAUGUAAAUGUGUUCAAAUUGCGUGCACCACGCUGGUAACGCAGUGGGUAUUCUGAAUUGGACGCCAUGACAGUUGGCUUGCACAAUUUGUCAACGAGAUUUGCCGAGGUUGGUG